CUUUUGGAAAGCCUUAAGAAAGAAAAACAUUCCAACAAGAAACUUGUUUACAAGCCCCCUUCAAGUCACACAGAGUUGGUCCAUUAACAAUUUUAAGUAUUGUAGAUUUGAUUAAUCUAUGUUAAUCAUGUCCAAUGUCCAUAUUGUUAGAUAAAAGAAAGAAAAAAAAUCAUUAAAAACCCAUAGAUUGUGUGAAGAAACCAAAAAAAAAACAUCCCAUAAAUAAGAAGAUCCCUUAACAGAAGGUUAAAAAAAAAAGAUCAGAGUCCUUUGGAUUCUUCAAUUGCUUAGUCUCAUAAAUCCCCAAAAUCUCUCCACCCAGUUGGAUUUGCAGCUCUCUCAGAUUCAUCAGUUUCUUGAUCUCUUUGUUAUAUUCAAUUUCACGAAGAUUGUAUCCAGAGCAGAUGGGUCUGGAAGCUUCUUUCUUUCUCAGUGAUUUCGAUCGUUCCAUGGACCAGACGUACGAUGCCUGAGCUGCGUAGCAACGCACGCAGAGAUCGGGAUAAGAAGAACCCGAAGCAGAACCCAAUUGCUUUGAAACAAUCACCUGUUAGGAGAAAUCCGAGGCGGCAGCUGAAGAAGAAAGUGGUGGUGAAGGAAGCGAUCGUUGCAGCUGAAAAGACGACGCCUUUGGUGAAAGAGGAAGAAGAACAGAUUAGGGUUUCGAGUGAAGAUAAGAAGAUGGAUGAGAACGACAGUGGUGGUCAAGCAGCUCCAGUGCCUGAUGAUGAAGGAAACGCUCCUCCACUUCCUGAAAAGGUUCAGGUUGGUAAUUCACCCAUGUACAAGUUAGAUAGAAAGCUAGGCAAAGGUGGUUUUGGACAAGUUUAUGUUGGUCGAAAGAUGGGCACGAGUACUUCUAAUGCUAGAUUUGGCCCGGGAGCUUUGGAGGUGGCUUUGAAGUUUGAGCAUAGAACCAGCAAAGGAUGUAACUAUGGGCCACCGUAUGAGUGGCAAGUUUACAAUGCACUUGGUGGCAGUCAUGGUGUGCCACGAGUUCAUUUUAAGGGUCGGCAGGGCGAUUUUUACGUGAUGGUUAUGGAUAUCCUUGGGCCUAGCUUAUGGGAUGUUUGGAAUAGUACCACCCAGGCGAUGUCAACAGAGAUGGUUGCAUGCAUUGCAAUUGAGGCAAUAUCCAUAUUAGAAAAGAUGCAUUCUAGAGGAUAUGUGCAUGGCGAUGUAAAACCAGAGAAUUUUCUGCUUGGGCCUCCUGGAACUCCUGAAGAGAAAAAACUUUUCCUUGUAGACCUCGGCUUAGCAUCCAAAUGGCGAGAUACUGCAACUGGACUACAUGUUGAAUAUGACCAGCGUCCUGAUGUUUUUAGAGGAACAGUACGUUAUGCUAGUGUACAUGCUCAUCUUGGCAGAACUUGCAGUCGGAGGGAUGACCUGGAAUCUCUUGCUUACACUCUUGUUUUCCUUCUUCGAGGCCGGCUUCCAUGGCAAGGGUACCAGGGAGAGAACAAAGGUUUCCUUGUUUGCAAGAAGAAGAUGGCCACUUCCCCAGAAACUCUUUGCUGCUUCUGUCCCCAACCUUUUCGUCAGUUUGUCGAGUAUGUGGUCAAUUUGAAGUUUGAUGAGGAGCCUGAUUAUGCUAAAUAUGUCUCCCUUUUUGAUGGAAUAGUCGGCCCAAACCCAGACAUUAGGCCAAUAAAUACUGAGGGUGCACAGAAGCUCAUACAUCAAGUGGGUCAAAAGAGGGGGAGGCUGACAAUGGACGAGGAGGAUGAACAACCAACAAAGAAGAUCAGAUUGGGCAUGCCAGCAACACAAUGGAUCAGCAUUUACAGUGCUCACAGACCAAUGAAACAACGAUAUCAUUAUAAUGUUACUGAUACAAGGCUUGCACAACACAUUGAAAAAGGAAAUGAGGAUGGGUUAUUUAUCAGCAGUGUGGCUUCUUGCACGGAUCUCUGGGCUUUGAUCAUGGAUGCAGGAAGUGGCUUUACGGAUCAAGUUUACCAGUUAUCACCAAGCUUUCUCCACAAGGAAUGGAUUAUGGAACAAUGGGAAAAGAAUUACUAUAUUACAGCAGUGGCAGGAGCAAAUAGUGGGAACUCAUUCGUGGUUAUGUCAAAAGGGACCCAGUAUUUACAACAAUCCUACAAAGUCAGUGAUUCUUUUCCCUUCAAGUGGAUAAAUAAAAAGUGGAGGGAAGGGUUUUAUGUUACAUCAAUGGCAACUGCUGGAAGCAAAUGGGGAAUUGUAAUGUCUCGUGGGGCUUCUUUUUCUGAUCAGGUUAUAGAACUAGAUUUUCUAUACCCUAGUGAAGGUAUACAUCGUCGAUGGGAAAAUGGCUACAGAAUUACAUCAGUUGCUGCAACUUGGGAUCAGGCUGCCUUUGUUCUUAGUGUGCCAAGAAGGAAGCUUACCGAUGAGACACAGGAGACUCUUAGAACCUCUGCUUUUCCUAGUAAUCAUGUCAAGGAAAAAUGGGGCAAGAAUCUUUACAUUGCAUCGAUUUGUUAUGGUCGAACUGUGUCAUGAAGUUCUAAAUUUUUUGUUAGGAUGCAUCUCAAUUUAGCUUUACCAUAUAUCCGCUAAGAAAAAAGAAUCGUUGUGAUCAGUGAUGGUAUGGGCUUAGGGAACCUUUUAGCAAGGUUGAAUGAAUGUUUGCCAAACUUCAGUGAUGCUGCAAUGUAGUGUAUCGACUGCAAAAACUUAUCCUACUUUUCAACUUGGAUGACUUGUUUGAUGAAAGAAGUUAAAAUUUCUUUAGAUUAAAAAGGUCUUGUAUUAUCUUCAACUAAUGUUGAUUUAUUAGAAGUGAACGCCACAGUUUGAUUUUAUGUGGCUAGUAAUGUGAUUUUUAUUGUGUUUCUUGCAUGCCGUUUUCCGUUAAUCGUGUAGGAAACCAGGGAGGGUCUUUGAACCUUUUGGUCUUCUUCUUUAGCUGAAAAAUGAGGUGAUGCUGGUUUACCAAUGUUCCUUUGGAAAUGUAAUGAUUUGUUUUCUGAGAUCCAGAGAUUGACAGUUCGAAGUUAUAUGGGUUGAUUUUCCCUACUUUGUUGCAGAAGUUCUUCACUAUUGUAAACUAACGUAGUGAAACUUUAAGUGCAGAAUACGGGGCAUGUCGGUACAACUGUUGCUGCCUGUAUCCAAGUUGAAUGGUAGUUAUAUUUUCUUCGUGCUCAAAUGUAUUGUUUGAAGCAUGAAGAAGAAAUGUGGGAAAGACUAAAGAAAAUCUGAAUGGCAAUAGCAAAUCUUUGACAAUGGUGAUUUGUUGCAACAGUUGCAGUAUACAAGUUCACGGUGGUAAACAAGUCGAGCAUUCUGAUUCUAUUCUCUUUCUUGAUUUUCU